AUGCUUGGUUGGAUGCUCAAUCGCGGCGAAAACGCCCCCAAUGGAUUGGACGAAGGAGACACCACGCAAAUCGAUCAACCCGACACCCCUGCGCCAGUGUUUGCGGCGAGAGCUUUCAGAAAUGCCCUGUUUGGAACGCCCGCGAAUAACCGCGAAGAGCUACGAGCGAGGCCAGCCAGGUCCGUCACGAUAUCAGACAAAGGAUCGCGAACGCCCAAUUCGAAACCCCAGGGGAUACUACUGACCCCCGGGACUGGAACGUCACGACCCAAGCGCGUGUCGUUUGGUCGCGAUGUCGGAGGAGGGAGCAAACUGCUUGAAGAAUCAAGCCAAAUCGCUAUCAGGGACAUAAAUGUGCCAAAAAGCGCCAAAUUCGCGACUUCUUCCGAGACCGCCAAACGAGAACAGGCGGCAGGAGCCGGCGGAGAUGUGCCUACCUCUGACGACGAUUGGGAGGAGGACGAUGACGACGUUGACCCCGAGAAUUACUGCAAUCACGACAUCACAGUUGACCUGAACGAACCGCAUUCCCAGUCUGGACAGUACUGGAAGCAUGAAUUCGAAAAAUAUCAACAGGACGCGAAGGCAGAGAUGGAGAAGAUGCUCAAGUAUAAGCAACUGGCAAAAUCCUACGCUCGACAGAAGGACGCCGAGGCUAUUAACCUCGCGGAAAAACUGAAAAAUGAGCAGCAGAAAGUGAUUGACAUGGAAAAGAAAAUUACCCAGAAUGCUUCACAAAUUAUCUCACGAUUCGAGAACAAGUCGGAGAAUGCUUCGCCCGAGGUGCUGGCAAACCUCGCAAAGCAGACUGCUCUUGCCAAGGAAUACAAGGAACAGGUUCAAGACUUGGAGAAUCAGCUGGAGGAAUUCCUUGAGGAAAGACAGGAUACCGCGGAACCUGCUAUUCGACGAAGGAGAGUAGGAACGUCGCCCCGUACCCAAAGGACCCUUCUGGAGACACAACGGGAAUUGCGCAAGGCUAGGAAUCAAGCUAAAGAGCUCAAUGAUCUUCGUGAUAAGGUCUCAUCGUUGAAAGAAAGACUCAAGGCCGCGGAAGAACGAGCUGACCAGGCAGAGAGCGGGGCACACGGCGGAGAUGAUCUGCCAAGAGCUAAAGAAUUAAGGGCACAGCUCCGCCAAGAGCGAGAAGAAUCACGAAGAAAAGAUGAAGAAAUACAGCAGCUGAAGAAGGAAUUCGAGGCCUACAGAGAGGAAAGUCAGGCCCAAGAGAAGGAUAGGAAUGAUGUCCUUCAGAGGGCGCACACCAAGAUAUCGGAUCUUAAAAAGGAGAUCAAAACCCUCAAAAGUGGUGGUGCGGAUCCAAUCACAAGACAAAAUACCGACAAACAGGAUGCUCUAGAGUCUACAACUGGCACGGAUAUGGCCAAGCAACGUUCAAACUUGGCAGAAAUGAGAGCACGGCCUUGGCAAUCUGGAGCCGCGACGCGAGAAGUGCCAGACGAAGUUAUUUCAAGAACGCCCGAAGGCUCCCCUGGUAAAGGGUUUACUUCUACCAGGCAUCGAACUGCUCGAGAAAAGCCAGUGAAUGAUGAAUUCAAGCCUCGAGCAGCAGCCGAGGAUCCCAUACCCAUCGCCAUGUCUGGUGCGCUCAAUAAUCGACCAAAACUGGACAAGCCUAGGUGGCAGCCGUUCGUACCCAGGUCCCCGCGAAAUAGAGCUUACCUCGGCGAUGAGUUGGCUGAUCGUAUCGAGAAUGGCGGUGUCACGGUGACAACAAAGCCGAAGGAUAUCAAAGCCCCGGAUCUUCCUGCUCUUGCUGAGCUGAUUUCACGAUCUGAGAGGCCGCCAUCUAGAUUAAAGACGGACGCAGGCAUUGAUCUGUUGCACGAUCGCUUUGCUAAGCUUGGUGCACCGGAAGUACGCACUAAUAAACAAGAGAAGCGACAGAGUGUGACUCGCGAUAGCUCCAAUAGCAAGCUCCCACCAGAGCGACGAGCUGCUGCUCUAGCGCGGAUCGAGAAGCGAAUCGCGAUGAAGAAAAUGCAGAAGCAGAAUGAUUUUGACAAGGAGAAUGUACAGCCGGCAUAA